GAUCAAACGAAGCACACAGACAAGCAACCAAACAAGCCUCUUGAAGAGGACUUGCGCAACGCAGGAGUGAAUGGGAAUGGGAGAGAUACCUGCCACAGGGAAAUAGAAACAACGGAAAAAUAACUGAGCACGGCUGCAUUAGAGCAAACAUCAACAAAGAGAACGAGAGGAACAAAUUUUUAUUAACAGCAGGGACAAGGAGCCUGUUUGAAUAAGCGAAUCAAAGACCAUGUCGAGAGCAGAAGGAAGCAUCCCGAGUGUUUCGGAAAGGAAACGCAACAAGAGGUCAUCGCGCAAGAAGAUCGAUCUGCAGCCCGGCAGCCCGGAAGAGUACUGGAACGAUGGGGUGCUCUCGGAGGUGUCGAGGGAGCAGAUCGGGUUCCUAGCAGAGGGCCUGUUCAAGGAGCUGUGGGCCCGGUGUGGCAAGCAGGUGGCGAUCGACCAGGUGUCCCUGAUGAUCGCGGAGGUCCAGUUUUCCCGGGGCUUCGAUCUGCUCUACAAGAUCCACGACAACGAGGCGGCGCUUGUGGAGUUCCACAAGUCGCUGAAGAUCCGCGAGAACAUCCUGGGCAAGGACCACCGCGACACGGGGAAAACCUACUGCUUCGUGGGGCACACGCUGCGGGAAAUGCGCGACUACGACAACUCUCUGGGCCAGUACCGGUCCGCCCUCCGCAUCCUCGUGGCGCUGCUGGGGAAAAACCACAACCACACCAAGGACGUCAUCUCGUGCGUGGACGACGUCCUCAAGGCCAAGGGAUACCCCGACGAGCAGGUCGGCGACUACCUGACGUGUUUGCUGACGAGCAUGGAACACAAGCGCAACGGCGACGAGCUGAUGGAAUCGAACGGGGGCGACUUCGACCUGGCCAUCCAGGCCUACAAGAAGGCGCUGAUCGUGGAGGAGAUCGACGCGAUCGGCAAGUACCACCCCGACACGGCCGAGAUCUACAGCAAGAUCGGCUCGUGCCUGGCGCGGACCGGCGACCUGAAGCGGGCCUGCGUCGAAUACGGCAACGCCCUGUCGAUCUACGCGGUGACGCUGGGAUCGGACCACCGGGACACGAAGGAAGCCCUGAAACACAUCCAGAACCUGCCCUCGCUGAUGAUGCGGUGAGACACCGGGGGGGGCAGGCAGCGUGGGUCUGUGCGCACGCGCUUGUGGUGUCGGCUCGGUGCGGCACCGUUUUCUGUGUAAAAGUAGUGACAGUGAUAGAGAGGGAAGAAAACGAGGAAACCGACGCCAUGGAAAGGCCGUGGUGCAAGGAAUGGGUGCCACGGAAGGUUUGUGUGAUGCUAUUUAUAUGUAUUUUAUGGGUUGGCACAAAAGUCUCAUAGCACGCAUGCCUACGACGAAUGGUCCUGUAGGAGAUGGAUGCAGCACAAUCACAAAGUUUGUCAAUCGUCUCGAUGGUGGGGAAUCAAUCAAAAGUAACAACCAAUAAGUAGUUAAGAAAAUCAGAAAUAAAACUGUUUCCGUUUC